AAAAAAAAUUGAAGGACAUUUUGUCAGGAAGGAAGUGAAAAUAAUAAAAAAAUAUUUUGUGCAUCUUGUGGAACUUAAAAACUAGUGAAAAUAAAAAAAACUCUAAAAUCCGGAACUAUAAAAAAAAAUAAAUUAUAUUGACAAUGACAAUGGAUGUCGCAAGUGAAGCUCAAAUAAAUUUGAAAAUAACGUCAUCACAUCUAGACGAGUCGAAUGUCCAAAUUAAGCCAUUAAAUGAAGUGCAGACAAAGCUUCCGACGAAGCGGUCAUUUGAUGUCGCAUUUCUUAUGCUGCCUGAUGAAAAAUUAAAGCAGAAAGAGAAGAUCCAGCAACAGCAAGAGUUACAUUAUCCAUUAACUGAGUUGACUGUUAGAUCUGAUCUUUUAAAUCGCAAUAAUCAUCCACUGACUAGAAUCGGCAAUAAAGUGUUCCUUAACAGUGAUUAUUCUGCUGUAUUUAAGUCAUGUGAAGAUCAGUACAGCACACGAUCAUUAACAAGCAGCACAGUGUCAUCUGAUAAAAGUGAUGAGUCGAUUGAGAUUGAAUUACCAAGAAGUGCAUUCUCAAAAGUAGCAAUUAAUGUUGAUUCUCCAAUUCCACCUGCUGCUAGUCCUGAUCAACUAAGUUGCUCAUCAGCUAGUCCACCAAUUUCAUACAGUCCACCGACAACAAACUUUCGAUCAGAAUAUGGACAUUUAAUUAAUUCUAGUGCAUUUCAAGCAAUUAGUCAGCAAUCCUUUGGAUCUCCAAAGCAUCAAAAAGCACUUUUCUACCGGAAUAGCUCAUUAAGUCCAGCAGCAACUCAUGUAAAUAAUAACAACAAUAUCAACAGUCAUAGUCCAAAUGGCACAACUGAUCCUUCAUAUUUUCAUACUUUCCAACAAUUUGGACCAAACAUUCCGCAUGUCUUUAUGCAGCAACAAGAUCAAUUUAUGAGAAAUCCAGCGGCUGCAAUACUAUCAACACUGAUGCCAACAUCAAUCGGAAGUCUUGCACUUCCAGCUCAAAAUGUUUGUGCAAAAUGCAAUAUAAGCUUCCGGAUGACGAGUGACUUAGUUUAUCACAUGAGAUCACACCAUAAGAAUGAAAAUGUUCAAGAUCCAAACAGAAGGAAACGAGAAGAGAAGCUUAAAUGUCCAGUUUGUAGUGAGUCAUUUAGAGAAAGACAUCAUUUGACGAGACACAUGACAGCACAUCAGGAUAAGGAAGGAGACUUGAUCGAACACGAAAUUUCGGAAUAUCAUUCACGGCGAAAAUGAAAGUUCCUCAAAUUUCCAUAAAUGUUCUGGAACAAAAAAUAGAUCAUUCUAGUCAAUUUGUGAUAAAGCAAUAGUAAAGUUGAUACUUAAGUUUUGCAGAUGCCAUAAUUUCAGUUACAGAUUAGUUUAAACUAUAGAUUUUGACUAGUUUAUUAAUCUUUGAAUGCAUAUGUGGAUGAAAUGUUUGGAAGUUCUGUAAUUAUUAAGUCGCAAAAUCUUGUCGAAAUUAUAUUGAAACUUUGAGUCGAAAUGUAAAUUCUGGUGCAUUUAUAGCAACUGUAAAGUGAAGAUCAAAUAUUAUUAGUGCUUAUUGUGAAUCCAGAGGAUUUAAUGUCCUUUAAAUAAGAUAGAAUAUAAAGAAUAUCACCGUACUUUUAA